CUAGAAUUUCAUUGCAGAUCCUUGCAUUCUAUUUAUCAUGAAAGAAAUAUAACUUUUUUGCAAAAAAACUUAUGAAUCCUAAUCACAAAAAAUAAACUAAUCACAAAAAACUUAUGAAUCACUCCACCCAUUUCAAACCAUCAAAUAUUAAUACGUAAUAUCAAGAUUAGAAAAUUGGGAUCUUUAUAUAUUUCAUACUAUCAGUCCGUUUCAAAUGGACCUUAAGAAGAGGCAACUAUCAUUUGAGUGGAAAGGGGGCACUCAACGUCUUCAGGGUCUUUCUAAAGAGGGUCAGUGUAAGAUUCUUACUGGACGUACCUUCUAGCAGCUUCUUAAGAAGCCUUCAACUUAUUUGACAGGGGUUGUGUUUACCAUUGAUGCCACAUCAGUUCCUAGUCCCAUUCCCCCAUUCCUGAAACCCCUACUAGCCUCUUAUUCAGAUAUGUUUGCUGCUCCUUCUUCCCUUCCUCUAUCCCAAAGUUUUGAUCAUACCAUUCCCCUCCUGCCUGAAACUAAGCCCAUAAAUAUCCGUCCCUAUCGUUUUCCUCAUCAUCAGAAAGCCGUUGAGGAGAAAUUGGCGGCUAAAAUGCUUCGUUCAGAGUUUAUGCAACCCAGCCACAGCCCCUAUGCUUCUCCAGUAUUGCUAAUUGGCAAAAAGGAUGGGACUUGGAGAUUUUGUGUAGAUCACAGGGAGUUAAAUGCAGCCACUAUUAAAGAUAAUUUUCCCAUCUCCCAUAUAGAAGAUCUAUUGUAUGAAUUGAAUGGGCGGUUAUAUUUUCUAAAUUGGACUUAAGGGCAGGUUAUCAUCAAAUUAGGAUGCAUCCGGAUGAUCAGUACAAAAUAGCUUUCAGGAUGCAUCAGGGUCACUAUGAAUUCUGGGUGAUACCGUUUGGCCUCACUAACGCUCCAGCAACCUUCCAGGCUCUCAUGAACCACGUAUUAGGCAAGUACUUGAGGAAAUUUAUCCUCGUUUUUUUAAUGAUAUAUUGGUUUACAGCAGAACAGAGGAAUCCCAUUUGCACCAUUUGAGUAUUGCGUUAUAGCUUCUGCGCGAUAAUCAACUGUUUUCCAAGGAAUCUAAAUGUGCUUUUGGCCAGCCAAAGGUUGGAUACCUGGGGCAUAUUCUCAGCAAGGACGGUAUGGCCACUGAUCCAAGCAAAAUCUCAGCAGUGAAGACUUGGCCAAGACCGCUGAAUGUUAAACAACUACGAGGUUUUUGGGCUUAAAAGGCUAGUAUAGGAAAUUCAUCCGUAACUAUGGUACCAUAAGCAGACCAUUGACUGAUUUGUUGAAGAAAAAUGGCUUUCAGUGGGGUUUUCUGUCGAAGCUGCUUUUGUUGAACUUCAGCAGGCUAUGUGUUCUGCUCCUGUCUUGGCUUUACUCAACUAUUCUCUUCCUUAUACACUCGAAACUGAUGCUUGUGGGACUGGUGUAGGUGUUGUAUUGUCCCAGAAAGGUCUCCCUCUCGCCUAUUUCAGCAAGUCCUUGAGUAUGCGAAACCAAGGAUUGAGUACGUAUGAAAAGGAGUAUUUGGCGGUCCUCCUGGACGUCGAUCAUUGGUGCCACUAUAUAGAGCGACGACCGUUUACCAUCGUUAUAGACCACAAAAGCCUGAAGUAUCUUUUGGGGCAGAAUGUUCACACAGCUAUUCAGAAGAAAGGGUUGGUGAAACUUAUGGGUUUGGAUUUCCAAAUCAAAUACAGGAAGGGAAGGAUCAACGGGGCAACUGAUGCUUUGUCAAGUAUCUUUGAGGAAGACAGGGUCGAAGGCUGUUGUAGUGCACUCACCACCAUUUUACCUGAAUGGUUGGUUGAGAUUGAAGAAACUUAUGCUGGGGAUAGUGAGGUAGGAGACUUGAUAGCUGCUGUUGCUGUUAAUUCUACUAGACCCUCUCUUUGGUCCUUCUCUUCGGGCAUUCUUCGUUAUAAAGGUGCUGUAGUAGUUGGAAUCUCGGGUUCAAUGCAUUUCAAUUUGAUUCAUUUGUUUCACUUGCCUGUUGGAGGCCAUUCAGAGGCGCAGGUCACUUACCAAAGAGUCAAGGCCCAUUUCUACUAGAAGGGAAUGAAAUUGACAGUGGUAUCCUGGACCUCUCAUCGCGAUGUGUGAUAACGAUGUAAUUGCACGUAUUUGCACCCCUAGUUCUUAUCCGUUUGAGGGGCAUAGUCGUGUAUUUUUGGCCUAUUUUACGCCGGGUUGUGCUACUUUGUCAUAUUUCAGGUCCCAGGCGUCGAAGGAAAGGCUAAGCACGAGUUUCAGGAUAUUCGGAAGUCAUUCGGUCGAGCUGGAGCCAAAACACGGGCACGCCUAAAUUAGAACACGGUCGUGUUCCUAGACCGUGCUUUCACUGCCGAGACUUGAUCUGAGUUUGGCAAACACGAGCUCAAAACAUGGGCAGGACUGAGACAAAACACGGCCGUGCCCACCAAAAGCACGCCCGUGUUUUCACCAACAGGCUGGCCGUGUAAUUAACCCUUGGCAAAACACGGGCGGGCUGGAGCAGAACACGGCCGUGCCCUCGACCGUGUUUUGCCCAGUGAUGCCCUUUUAAGCAGAUUUCAGCCAAAACAGAAGGGGAUUCGAGUUUUAGAGAGCGAUUCCUAGAGAGAGAAAGCGACGAGCAAGAGUUCCCAAGUGCCCUAGCUUGAUCUUCAUCACCAUUGUAGCUUGGCUUGAGCUUGGAGAAGUGCCGAUCAACGUCCAGGAGCAGAAAUCCAUUCUUCACAGUAUGAAUUCCGCGUCUGAUUCUGCUUUUGCUUCUUUCUCCAUGGAGUAGUUCUCCCAUUCAUCUGGGUAUGGAGAACCCUAGAUUUGUAUGUUAGGUUUGAUUGUAUGAACCCAAGUACUGAUUCUAUGAUUUGAUUAUAUUCAAUUGAGGUUUGAAUGAUUGAAUGGCAUGAAUCCUGAUCAAAUUCAUGUUGUUUCUGCUUUAACCUAGAAUGAGAAUAUCUGCCUAGGUUGAUAGAGCAUCAUUGAUUGAAGGUAGGGAGUUGGUGACUUUAGUCGAGGAGCCAACUCACUAUUCUGUACCGAAUUUACUUCGGUAGUGGAGGUUUUGUUCGUUAGGGCCUCAAUCUGUUUACUCCGGUGGAGGUUAGUCGCCCGCUAGAGACUCAGAUUGAGAGGGUCUGAAGACCUUUAGUCGAGACUUCAGGCUAUUUAAGAACCUUCCGCAGUAUAACUAUCAUAGAAACUGAACUUGGUAAUUACAAUCCGGCUUAACUGCAGUCUAGGGGGAACCAUAUCCGGGUGACCUCUCUUAACCUGAAUACAACCGUUUAGUUGCUUUGCUUGUUUGUUAGCUUAGACUUGCAUUAAAGUUUCAUUGCUAGAUAACAAGAAUUCACCGAGUAGUCAUCAAAUCUAGGACCCGGGUUGACAUUUAAACCCAAACCCGCUAUACUACACUUUAGGAAGUGGUUUCACUUGGCCAAUUCCUAGAGUGACAGUAGAAGUGAGUCAAUGUGUGUCAGUGUUGUAAAUCGGAAACAUUAGCCUUACUAGGUUUGCUUCAGCCCCUACCUAUCCCCACUCAAGCCUGACGUGAUAUAUGUAUGGAUUUCGUCGAAGGCUUAUCUGUUUCCAGGGGUAAGCAGGUUAUUCUGGUAGUAGUAAAUCAGUUCACUAAAGUUGCUCACUUUUUCAGUCUAAAACAUCCAUACUCGGCUGCAGAAGUAGCAAUGUUUUCUUUGAUGGUGUGUUCAAGUAUCAUGGUAUACCCUCCACCAUCGUUUGUGAUAGGGAUGCCACCUUCACUAGUCAAGUUUGGACGGAGUUCUUUAGAUUGCAGCACACAAAUAUUCAUUACUCCACUGCAUAUCACCCCCAAACUGAUGGUUAAACAGAACGGGUGAAUCGUUGUUUGGAGGAAUAUCUCUGUUGUAUGACUUUUCACAGGACUAGACAUAGUGGUUGAAAUUGGCAGAGUGGUGCUACAACAUUCAUUAUCAUCUCAGUUUGUAGAUGACACCAUUUGAGGCCCUAUAUGGGUUUCCUUCCUUGCAUUUUGGAUUAUCCCCUUCAUCUGUUACGCUAGUGGGUGUUGUGGAGGAAAGGGUCAAGAAAAAACACGUGCUAGUGCAGUAUCUUACGGAGAGUAUCUCAAAAGCGCAAAACAAGCAGAAACAAUAUGCUGAUAGAAGACGAUCGGAAAGGGUUUUCCAGGUCCAUGAUUGGGUAUACCUACGUCUUCAACCGCAUCGACAAGGUUAAGUGGUAGGACGUCAUGGAAACAAGUUGGGCACUUGAUAUUUUGGUCCUUAUCAUAUUGUGGCGAAGAUUGGAGCUGUGGCUUAUAGGUUGGCUUUGUCAGCUCAUUCCAAGAUCCACCCUCUGUUUCAUGUCUCCCAAUUGAAGUUGUGUAAUUCAAUUGUACCCCUUAACAACCUUACACAGCCGAAUCAAAUCCCCAUCGACGAUCCUUACACAGUCGAAUCAAAUCCCCUUAACAACCUUACACAACCACUUUUGUUACUCUGUCACAACGCGUUAAUUGAAGUGGUCUUUGGAGAUAGAGUCGUUGGAUUCAGUAGAUCUUCAAACCCUUCGAUCCACCGGCAAAGUAGUUCCGGGUUUAAGACGACGAUAGGCAGACUGGCGGAGAGAAAAAAACAAGAUGGAAUUUUAGGGUUUCGAUUUUGCUCCUGUCUUUAGCCUCCCAAAUCCACAGCAAAGAGUAGGGAAGAAGAGCCAAAAUCUUAAAUGACGCUGCACAGAAAGCCAGCUUGCUGACCCACUAUCUCAGUCAAACCGUCUUGGUUUGAUAGGGUUUGACCAAAUCCGGUUGGAUGCUUUAGUGGGUUGCUGGCGUCCGUUUUUGUGGAUGGGUUCGGGUCAAACCACGGAUCGACCCGUGGGUUGACAAUCUUGCUCUUGAAGUAUAAUCUCGUAUAUCCCUAUGGUAUGCAUGAAUUUGCUAUUCCAGGCCUGACAAACAUUCAUGACGGAAAUGUGGUUAUUUACAUUGAGCGUCGUGUCAUCUCUGCUCCCUCUCUCUCUCUCUCUCUCUCUCUCUUAUUCUCCCAUAUAAUUCUUCCUGCUUGGCCUCAGCCUCCUUAAAAUAACAAAACUACUAGGUUCUUAUUCUUAAGAGAAGUGAUUCUCUCCAUAGAAAUGUAUCCAAUUUAGCAAAACACAUACUGAGAGUUAGAAGGUAAGAAGAGGACAAUGUCGACCUCUUAAAAUUCUAUCUAUUUUAGAAAAUAUUGUUGUAUUCGAGAAAGCCCAAAUGAAUAAUGAAUAUUAUUGUAUUCG